CGCAGAAUUCGGAGAGCACACCCGCGCACACACAGAAGUUGUCCUUCGUGCAUACACUUAUUCGAAGAAACACAUCAGGGCAGGAUGACGACAUACACACAGGCAGAGAGCCACAGCCACUUACUCAUUACAGUCAGUCCAGCCACCACACACACACUUCAACAAACACACCAAUACACAGACACAGGGACACCAGCAGUGUGCUGACAGACCAGCUGCACUCAGGCGUGGAGGCAGGGAAGCAGACAGACAGACAGACGAGGGCGCAGAGAGGACCGCUAGUGGAUGGCACCUAUUUAUAUCAGUGCAGCACAGAGGGCAACGCACAUCUCCGUCUCUCCCCCCCUUCGUCCCUCACUACUGCACCACACGCAGCACUUCUAUCUCGUCAGCCAUGAACUUAACCGACCCGCCCAACAGAGCUACCUGUCAACCACGUGCAGUAUCUCUAUUUCAUCCGCAUGGAACAAACUCGACCCAGCCAGCAGAGCAUUGCCCGAGUCAUCCCUCACUCCGGUGUAGCCCUCAGGCAGAGGUCGUAAGUACUGCGCACACCUGCGGAUGUCGGUCAGAGCCCACGGAAGGCCGAAGUUCAAAUACAGAGACUCAUGGAUGUGCAGUUUCGCCCUUCCCUCCACACUCCCCUUCCUCGCCGCCACAUCCACCCACUGAUCUUCGUUGUCAAUGUCUAUCUUGGUCGGCUUGGGGAAGUGGCCGGACAGCGAGAAAUGCCACAGGUCACACUCGUAUCCAUGCUCAGCGUCUCUGGGGCCCUCGGGCAGCUCCAGACCGCAAUUGAUGAAGGCGCCGAAGACAUACUUGUCCUUCCUGACCACAAACACGAGAGGCUUCGCGUCGCCCACAUUGUCCAGCAGGUCGCCAUAGGUGGUGCCGUGCACAGACGCCCUGCAGUCCACACGCACAUACACACACAGACGGGGUCUGCCCAUUAGCUGUCAGAUGAUCCCAACCUGCUGCAUUAUGUGUGUCUACCGGUAGAGUGAGGUGAGUCGUGUGGUGCCAUUAGAACUGGAGCUCAAAAGGCUGACCAGCGCCUCAUACUCUGACGGAGACACCGGCGCGCCGUUGGGCGGCGGGGGAGUCGGUAUAAUCGGGGACUGGAAACACGCUCGUCAAAGCAUCCAAUGAGUGAAUGGAUCGUGUCCAUACCUUUAGCACUUCUAUCUCGUCAGCCAUGAACUUCCGAGACCCGCCCAACAGAGCAAGGCCAGAGUCGCUCCUCUCUCCCGAGUAGCCCUCAGGCACAUCCAAAGCUUCGCUGUGGUACUGUUCGCAGCUGCGAAUGUCGGCAGCCGGCUGGACGCUGGGCCAGCCAUAACCCAAAAAUAUAAUAUAUGCGAUGUACAUAUUCGAAGGCCCGGGCCAGAUACUCCCCUCCCUCCCCGCCACUCCCACAAACUGAUCAUAUCGGUCGAUCUCCAUCUUGGUCGGCAGAGGGAAGUGGCCGGCCAAUGAGAACCACCACACACCGCACUCGUAGUCGUGGCGGCUGGUCGGCUUGUCGGGCAGCUCCAGACCGCAAUUGAUGAAGGCGCCGAAGACAUACUGGUCCUUCUUGACCACAAAGACGAGAGGCUUCGCGUCGCCCACAUUGUCCAGCAGGUCGCCAUAGGUGGUGCCGUGCACAGACGUCCUAACACACACACACAUACACACACACACAGACGGAAUCUGCCCAUUAGCUGUCAGUGAUCCCAGCUGCCUGUUGGCAUGAUGUGUGUCUACCGGUAGAGUGAGGUGAGCGGUGCGUCGUCAGUGGAGUUCAACAGACCAACCAGCGCCUCAUACUCUGACGUAGACAGCGACGAGUUCUUCGGCGGGAGCAUCGCCACAUGCAGCACCUCUAUCUCGUCAGCCAUGAACUCGGCCGACCCGGCCAACACAGCAUCGUCUUCGUCAUCCCUCUCUCCCGUGUAGUCCUCAGGCACAAAGUCGCUGAAGGUGCGCUGAAAGCAGCUGCGGAUGUCGGCAGCAGGGGGAACAGCAGGAGGGCCAUCGCUAUAGCCGCCGUAACCCAACCACAGAUGCCCAUCGAUGUACAUAUUCGCACCCACCGCACUCCCGUUCCUCCCCGCCACAUCCACACUCAACUGCACUUGUGGUAUUUCGAUCUUGGUCGGUUGGGGGAAAUGGCCGACCAGUGAGAAAUACCACACAUCGCUGCGGUAGGAGUUGACGUCGGUCGGGUCGUCAGGCAGCUGAAUGCCGGCACUGACGUAGACGCCGAAGACAUUCUUGUCCUUCCUGAUCACCAACACGAGAGGCUUCGCGUCGCCCACUCGGUCCAGCAGGUCGCCAUAGUUGGUGCCGUGCGCAGACGUCCUGCAACACACACACACGGAAUCUGCCCAUGAGCUGUCGGUUGGCAUGAUGUGUCCCUACCGGUAGACUGAGGUGAGUGGUGUGGUGUCACUGGAAUUCAACAGGCCCCCCAGCAGGCCGACCAGCGCAUCAUACUCUGACGCAGUCAGCGACGUAUUGCCAGGAGGGGACACCUGCAGGCCGCGCAAACGGACCUGAACGGACACCAGAGCAUUAGAUGAGUGAGUGGGUGAAUAGGUCACGGUGUGUGUGUGUCACAUGCCUGUUGUGCGGGUCUGGCCUCUGUGCCAACACAGGUCGACGCCACACACAGAAUCAUCAUGAUAACAGCACUCCGCCAAGCAGCCAUCACGUGAAUGGGAGCAGAGAGAGAAGAGGACAGAGAGCCUUGUUGGUCAGAGGGAGGACGAGGCAGACAGACGAGAGAUGAGGUGAGAGGGACGAGGAAGCUGACAGUGCCUAGAUCUCGUCGGCUGAUAGAUCUCACCGGGUGCUACAAUGAAUACUGCAUCCCGAUUGGACGAAGCCGCAAGCG